GUUCCCUCCAAUCAGUCAAUCCACUUUUUCCAUGUGGUCACACUCAAGACAUCAACGUCCAAGUCUCAUUUGAAGUUGUUUCAACUUGCCAACAUCCUCAUUUUACUUUGAAUUCACCUUCCCGACAUAAUUCUGACUUUGGCAAGACCAUUGCUGUUCAAGUUAAAAGACCAAAAAUGUCUCAGCUCUGGUCUUCACCCAAAUCCCCUGCCACCGCUGGCCCAGUCCGCCGGUUCGGUCAGAUCAUCAAGCUUAAACCCGAGCACGUUGCCAAGUACAAGGAGAUCCACGCUGCCGUUUGGCCUGGUGUGUUGGAGCAGAUCAAGGCUAGCAAUAUCAGAGAUUAUAGCAUCUUCCACGAUCCAUACAGCGGAAUCCUUUUCGCCAGCUUCAAGUACAUUGGCACCGACUAUGACGCGGACAUGAAGAGGAUGAGGGAGAACCCAAAGGUGAGGGAGUGGUGGAAGUUGACGGACAGCCUCCAGGAGUCUCUUGUACCGGGGGCGAAGAGCAGUUCAGACGGGGAACCGGCUUGGUGGAAAGGAGUUGAGGAGGUGUUUUACACUCCUUGA